AUAUAUUUUCGUGAAUCUACCAACUUUUUCUGCCACCGUAUUAUUGGUUUAUGUGAUGGAACUGGAUAUUAUUCUGUUUACGAACAAACAGUUGCAUAGACAUCAACCACUUCCUCUGCUUUGCUUCGCUUAUGCCAAUACUUUUUGUGCAAUUAACGUCAACAGGCCUGAGUGGUUAAUAUCAUAUGGUUUUGUAGGAGCUAGAAGAUGUAGAGGAAAACUUAAAAACUGAGGAGAAAGAUGCACAAGCUUCUCUAGAUGCAAGUCAGUCCAAAAGCUCUGGUGAAUCUGUUGUUCAGCGUGAUGGGAAUGGAAGAGAAGAAACAGAUAUGCUAGAGAAGUUGGAGAGCAAAAAGAAUGAUUUGAGUUCAAUGGAAGAAAAAGUUCAGGAUUUAGAGAGGAGUUGGGCUGUUAUACAGGAAAGAGCACUGAAGCAGCCUUCUCCAGCUCAGAGAGAGAAGACACUGGAUAAACAACUUCAUAGUCUAAUCGAGCAAUUAGCUGCAAAGCAGGCACAAGCAGAGGGGAUUGUUGGUGAGAUUCAUUCGAAUGAGAUGGAGUUAGAGAGACUAAACAGUUUAUGGAGAAGGUAUGAGAGCUUUAACGUUGAGGGGAACACUGCAAGGAACACAUUUAAGAGAACAAAUUCAGAUAGAGGAUUUGGUAAGAAACUGGAAGCCGGAUCACGAGAUCCAUCCCCGUUUCAUCCUUCGUAUAUGUAGCAACUACUUCGUUUGCCGCUUUACUUAUGCAUUCCCAUCAGCAACUAUGGCCAGCCUGGAAAUAGGCUCAGUAGACAAAACAACGUAUGCAGAAAGUUGCAAUGACGGGAUUGGAUUGGAAGAGUACAUUAUUGCAUAUAAAGAGCUUAUGGCUCCCUUGCUUAGACCCCAAAAUUCCACUGCUCUGACAGCUCUAUCUCUUGGACGCGGAGAAGAGUCGACCACAAGUUGAGCCCAACUUGAGAAUGUAAAGUGUGAUCAAGAAGCCGAUUACUACUACUCUGUUAGUUCAACUUGAGAAUGUAAAGUGUGAACGAUUCAUACAACUUUAGUUGGUCUUAUCAGUAAAGUUGAGAACCUGUAGAAAGAACGCAAAGAGACUGUUUAUUUUUUUAUGA